GCCCUUCUCUUCUCCCUCCGUUGCUCGUUUGCUCCCCCUCUCUCUCCUUACUCUUCACCUCAAAGGGACACCAACGCUAGUAACACACCAGCAGUUUGGCGAAGCAGACUGUCAAGCUACAAGGACACGAGAGGGAAAAGCUAUUUUUAACCCCAGAUAUUAUCCAUCUGAAAUAACGGAAACUGCACAACACGAUAUCCCUCCCUAUCGGACCUCAACUUCUUGCGCUUCAGAGGCCAGCUGACAGACAAGACAACUGACUGAUCGAAAAUAAAAAUAAUAAUAAUAAUAAUAAUAACGUUUGGAUUCAAAGUUUUAAAGACACAGAAACUAAGGAAGAGCCAAGCAAACAGACUGCAUUAUAGACUAAAGAAAGAAACACACAACAACAAUAACAACAGCAGCAGAUGGACUGACUGGCACAUCACACAGACACAUAUCAACUCUCUGACGACCAGCCGGCGCCUCACGUAAAUGGCUGACAAGCAGAUCAGUUUGCCUGCCAAAUUGAUAAAUGGUGGGAUAGCAGGGCUGAUCGGUGUGAGCUGUGUGUUUCCCAUUGACCUGGCCAAGACCCGCCUGCAGAACCAGCAAAAUGGAUCACGACUCUACACCAGCAUGUCCGACUGUCUUAUCAAGACCAUCCGCUCAGAGGGAUACUUCGGGAUGUACAGAGGGUCUGCGGUGAACUUAACCCUGGUCACUCCAGAGAAAGCCAUCAAGCUAGCAGCAAAUGACUUCUUCAGACAAUACCUCUCCAAGGAUGGUCAGAAGCUCACCCUGGUCAAAGAGAUGCUGGCGGGGUGUGGGGCAGGUACAUGUCAGGUUAUCGUCACGACUCCUAUGGAGAUGUUGAAGAUUCAGCUUCAAGAUGCUGGGAGAAUUGAGGCCCAGAGGAAGCUGAUGCCAGAGACGGUAGUACCGGGGACCGUGCCAACCAAGUCCCCCACCGCCAUGCAACUGACCAGGGAACUGCUUAAGGAGAAGGGAAUCGCUGGGCUGUACAAGGGCCUGGGGGCCACACUGCUCAGGGAUGUUCCGUUCUCCAUCAUCUACUUCCCUCUGUUUGCCAACCUGAACGACCUGGGGAAGAGAGGAGCGGAGGGCCCCGCUCCGUUCUAUGUCUCAUUCCUGGCAGGCUGUCUGGCUGGCAGCACGGCCGCCGUGGCUGUCAACCCUGUAGAUGUGAUAAAGACCAGAAUCCAGUCUAUGAACAGAGGGAGUACAGAGGAAACCUACAGCGGGGUGACUGACUGUAUCAGUAAAAUCAUGAAGAACGAGGGUCCCUCUGCGUUCCUGAAGGGGGCGUACUGCCGUGCCCUGGUCAUCGCGCCCUUAUUUGGUAUCGCCCAGGUGGUCUACUUCUUCGGGGUGGGAGAAUACAUCCUCAGCUUCCUGCCUGGCAACUGAGAACAUCAACCAAUCGGAUCUCUGCCUUUCCCUCUCUCACGACCACAUCACGCACAGCACACCGAAAGACACUGGGAUCAACUCUCGUCAUGAAAUAAGGUUUUGAUUGUUUGAUCGACGAUCGUUGUCGUCGGCGGGUUAAAGUAUGACUACCACCAAUUUAGGAUAGUUUUUCUUUGACCCCUUUUGGCUUAAGAGCACCCCCUAGAGGCAACAACGUUGUGUUUAGCCUCUUCCAUUGUCCUUGUUGUGUUGAAUGUAAUGCUAUGGUUGUGAGCACAGUAGUAAGAGUACUUAGGAGAGAGAUGUGUUGAUUUCAAAGCAGCAAUCCAGUGGAAUUAAUGCCACAAAUACCAUGUUCUCAAACAAUGAUGAUUAUCUUAUUUUUUUUAAUAUAUAUUUUUGUUUUGAUAUGGGCCGUGAAUUACAGGGUAGAUCUAUUGUCUGAGUAUAUGGUAGUUAUCUCCGUUAACCUCCAUAGUGUCAGAAUGAUCAUGCGAAUGACAACUAUUGCCUAUAAAUCACAUUUAAUAUUAAUUACUUAUCUUGUAAUAAUAUAACAAUGUUUUUAAAAAAAAAGGCUGGUCCAAAUGAAAAAGCUGGAUUUGAUGCUCAAGAAAACAAAGGAUCACUUAAGACUAUUCAAAGUUUACCAAGCAUGCUCAUUAAAGAAACAAAAUGCUCCAUACCUUAUUAUUGUUACCAGCUAUUAUGUAGUAUACUUAAGCAGUAAGGCCCGAGGAGCUGUGGGUAUAUGGCCAAUAUACCACGGCUGAGGGCUGUUCUUAGGCAACACGCAACGCAGCCCUUAGCCAUGGUAUAUUGGCCAUAUACCACAAACCCCCGAGGCAUCUUAUUGCUGUUAAAAAACUGGUUACCAACGUAACUAGAGCAGUAAAAAUAAAUGUUGUGUCCUACCUGUGGUAUACAGUCUGAUAUUAGCACGGCUAUCAACCAAUCCGCAUUCAGAGCUCAACCCGACCAGUUUAUUAUAUGAAUUAGAGCUUAAAUGACAUCUUACAUUUAUAUUUAAACAUUUCAGGCCAAGACCCAUAGAAUAUCUUAAAUUGUGAACUAUAUACAAUUAUACAAUACUAACACUCCCAUUGGAUCUAACCUGAACAGCCCAGUCAUCCCUGCCUGUGAUUGGUUGUAAUUGCCGUUCAGCCAAUCACCUUUAUAGCUCUGUGUGGACCCUAAUUGCCUUGUCCCUGGUGCUCUUUACUCUACAGGGGGCAGCGGUCUUGGUGUUAAACAUUUGGGCCAGUGAAAGUACUGAUACUAUAUCUGAAGACCAACCUAAUCUGCAAUAGGUUCUAUACAACAAAAACCAGAAUCAAUGAUACUUGAUGAAGCCACUUUUAAUAUUGUCCAAAUGAUAUCUAACUGUUUAUUGUUAUUAACAUUUGGAAAUAUACUCCUCUUACAGCCAUUGAAACUUUAAAACGUGUACUUUGACAUCUUUCCCAAACAAUUUGAAAAUAAAAUCUUCCUCUACUU